AUGUGCCAGAAUACUAAUCAUUGCUUACCAUACCACAUCCCAUUCAAACAACCAACCAACAGGCAGAGCAAGGAGCAUGCAGAGCAAGAAGCAUGUUCGCUGUUAUUCUACACCGGCCCCGCCGAGCACAACUACGAUAUUGCAAAGGAGGCCCAAGAACAGGGUAUCUGUCUCUUUCCCCGCGAGAGUGAGGUUCUACCCCAGUGCCAGUUCGGUACUGAUAUGGGUAUUGAGGGGUGCACCGACGGUGUUAUUUCUGAGGCGGGUAUCUACGAGCUGUUGAAUGUCGACUAUGUCCGCCCGGAAGACCGCUUUUGA